AAACUUCGAUUGGAUCAAUUUCUAUUAAGAAGAGGGGUACGAAGCUAAGUUUUAAUCACUCUUCGUGAAUGUAUUCAAAAAUUUUGUUUUCUAGAAUUUUUUUCAUAACAUAAGAAAAAUUUGAAUGAUUCUCAUCGGCAAGACAAUAAAACUUAAAGCUACUUCUCGUUUUAUUCUGUACUGUAGUCAAUAAAUAAACUGUGUCGAAGGGUAUGUUGCAGAAUUAAGAAAUACCAAAAACAAAACGUAAACAUUGCGAUUCAAGUUUGGAACAAAUAUGAAUAUAUCACGUUUAGCUCGAUUAAAUAUCUAUUCUGUUUCUAACAAAAAUUACCUAAGAUAUUUAUCAACAGAAUGCAGUCAUAUAAAGGCUCGUGUUUUGGAAACUGCGAUGAAAAAACCAAUCGAGGAACAUUGGCGUGGAAAAUUGAGCCACAAAAGAUUUGAUCCAACAAAUACAAAAGAAAAAAUGUAUAUCCUUUCAAUGUUUCCAUAUCCAUCUGGUAAUCUUCACAUGGGACACGUCCGUGUUUACACAAUAUCAGAUGCAAUAGCGAAUUUUCAUCGUCUUAGGGGAAAAAAUGUCUUUCAUCCUAUGGGCUGGGAUGCUUUUGGACUACCUGCAGAAAAUGCAGCGAUCCAAAGAAAAAUACCAGCAGAUGUGUGGACGAAGGAAAAUAUCAGUCGAAUGAGAGAAAGAUUGGAAGAACUUGGAUGUUCAUUUGAUUGGCAAGCUGAAUUAGCAACAUGCGAUCCAUCUUACUACAAAUGGACUCAAAAACUGUUUUUAAUGCUUUUUAAUGAUGGUCUUGCUUAUCAACGUGAAGCUACUGUCAAUUGGGAUCCAGUGGAUAAAACUGUGCUGGCAGAUGAACAAGUCGAUAGCGGCGGUCGUUCUUGGAGAUCUGGAGCGAAAAUAGAGAAAAAACUGCUAAAGCAAUGGUACAUAAGGACGACCAAAUUUUCCGAGCAAUUGUUUUCUGGUCUCGACGAUCCAUCUUUACAAGAUUGGAGGGAUAUAAUAAAACUUCAAAAGCAUUGGAUUGGAGAAGUUGAUGGUUGGAAUUUUGAAUUGAAAGUUGGAGAUCAUACAAUUACAAUUUGGAGUAAAUCACCAGAAGAUUUCAUCUAUGCUGGAUUUGUGGCAAUUAAGAAAGAACAUUUUCUUAAUAAAGAAAGAAUUGACAAUGGAUUGUUGCCGAUGAUGGUGAAAAAUCCGUUUGGAAAAGAUUUGCCACUUUUGGUCACAAAUGAAGUUGAAUUUCCACCUUUCAAUGAAACUUAUGUUGGAGUUCCAACAAGAAAAGAUUGUGACUUGGAGAUAGCUCAAAAAUAUGACAUAAAAGUUGAGUCUUUACCUCUAGAAGAUAAUGAAGAAGAUCGGAAUUGGGUUUUAGAGAAGGCACAACAUUUAGGAAUCGGUGGAAGUUACAAAGUAAGUUCAAAACUUAGAGACUGGUUAAUUUCUCGGCAACGUUAUUGGGGCACACCCAUUCCAAUUAUUCAUUGUGAUUCAUGUGGAGUUGUUCCCGUAAAAUAUGAAGAUUUACCUGUAGAACUUCCAAAAAUGAACGACGAAAGUAUCGGACAACCGUUGCAUCAAAACACUGAAUGGUUGGAAUGUUUAUGUCCAAAGUGUGGCUCCAAAGCUCAAAGAGAAUCUGAUACAAUGGACACUUUUGUUGAUUCAUCUUGGUACUUUUUAAGAUACCUUGAUCCAAAUAAUAAGAAUGACUUAGUUGACAAAAGCCUGGCUCAGUCGAUGAUGCCUGUUGAUAUUUAUAUCGGAGGAAAAGAGCACGCCGUACUUCAUUUAUAUUAUGCUAGAUUCAUUAAUCAUUUUCUGCAUGAGAAGGGAUAUGUUCUGGACAGAGAACCUUUCAAACGCUUGCUAGUUCAGGGAAUGGUGAUGGGAAAGUCAUAUCAAGUAAAAGAGACUGGACAAUACAUUAAUGAAAAUGAAGUUGAAAUUGUUGGCAAAGGAAAAAAGAGCGAGGCAAAAGAAAAGUCAUCAGGAAAAGCUGUUACUGUAAUGUGGGAGAAAAUGUCGAAGUCAAAAUUAAAUGGAGUUGAUCCAGUGGAUGUUCUAAAUGUGCACGGAUGUGACACAACACGUCUUAUUAUGUUAGCGGACGUUGCUCCAACAUCUCAUCGCAAUUGGUCUGAAGCUACUUUUCCUGGAGUUAUAAAUUGGCAACGAAGACUUUGGCUAACUGUAUAUGAUUUUAUUUUGGCAAGAAGUGAUAUCGAAAAUGUCGUCAAAUCGCCAGAGUUCGAUGAGCAUGAAUUUAAGCUCCUCGAUGCCGUAAAUUAUUUCACAAGCGGAGUAACAUUCAAUUUCUUAUAUUCUCAUCAAAUAAGUGUGGGAAUUUCAAAGAUGCAAGGACUGACCAAUUCUAUUAGACGGGCACCGAAAGAUGUCAUCGUAUUUGGGAAGAAUUAUGAACGCUGUUUAGCUGCGCAAAUAAUCAUGUUGGCUCCAUUAGCACCGCAUUUUGCUUCGGAACUUUGGGCAACAUUCACAUCUGCCGAAAACCGAAUAAAUAAAUCAGCAGAUUUUAUUAAGUGGAACGAAAAUGUAUUGAGUCAACAUUGGCCCAAAGUUGAUCCAAUUCAUAAAGUUGAAUUGACUAUAAAGGUAAACAAUUACGUGGUCUCAACUUUAAUGGUCGAAUGUGGUGAAUUAAGAAAGAUGAGUGGAGACGAAGCUUUUUCCAAGGCUUUGAAUCAGGAAGUAAUCAAAAGAUACAUCGAGGAUCGAAAAAUUCUAGGAAGCACUUGGGAAGUUUUUGAAGAUUAUGAAGGUGUAAUAACACUUUUCGUCGAAACUAGACAAAAACAAGAGACCGAUGAAUCUGAUUUACUGAAAGACAAUUUAAAUGCCUAGAAAACAGCUUUAAGAGAAUAAAUAAAAACUUAUUCGUAGAUAAUCUUCCUG